AUGGUUGCUCGUGUUGGAAAUAACAUCGUUGUUGCUGGUGGCGCAUGUCACUUUGAGGAUGAUCCUUUAGCAGUUGAAAUUGAGAUUAAGUACAAGACGAAGAAAAACUCUUGUACGAUGUAUUCCUUCGAUUGCAAAAUGAUGAACUGGGAAGCACCAUACGAUCUUCGAAGGGAGGAGAGUGUGUUCUUCAGCGUUACGGGAAUGAUGCGGGAUCGGUUGGUUGUGGUGGGAAUAGUAGGAGAUGCAGUGAACGUGAAAGCAGUGAGCAUAUGGGAAGUGAGAAAGGAAUUAGGGUUUGAGAUGGUGGAAUUGUGUGUGAUGCCGAAAGAGAUGGUGGAGAAACUAAGAGGGAGGGGAUGUGAGUGGCGGAGUGUGAGGAAUAAAGUGGUGGACGAUGGUGUAUGGAUGGGAAGAGUGGUGUUGUGUGGUGAUGAUGUGGGGUUUGGGGAUUUGAAUAACGCGCUUUUGAGGAAGUGUAAAUUUGAAUUGAAACAUGUGUAA